CACCGGAUACGGAAGCGAUGUCUUCACAUAUACAAAUCAGGUAGCAACUAAAAUGGUGUACGUGUCUAAUGGUCAGGUGCUGGACAGUAGGAGCCAGUCUCCAUGGAGGUUGUCUUUUUUCAGUGACCUCUUUUGGGGAGCUGUGGAAUUCAUCGGAUUGUUCUUUCAAACACUCUUCCAGCCAGAUCUUUCAAAGAAUGGCAACUCGGGAUCAUCCUCAAGGUUCAGUGAUGGCAGAGGCCCCCCGGGGUUCCCUGGUGGGCGGAGACGGAUGGGAAGGAUAAACCAUGGUGGGGGCGGCCCCAGUGCCCCACCAAUGGGAGGAGGAGGAUGAGGAAGGUGA